ACCCCGUCGUGGCAGAAGUUUUUGAUCACCAAUUCCAACAGAAACCGCGAGAAAAUUCCCCAGAAAUCUCAACACAGUUAAACAUCAUCAAUCAAAUAUUUUUGGAAAAUACCACAACAGUUUUCAGCUCUGUACAACGUUGGAUUUGGAUCAGUUUUCGUGAGAGAAUAUUUGAGCAUAGAAACAUGGUAGCUGAAGCAGAGGUUGCGUGUCAACAAAACGUGGGUGUGUUGGAUGUGAAGCAUUUUCCAAAUAAGGGAAGCGAUGUUCACCAGAUCGGAGACGCAGAUGCUAAUUCGCCUCCGUGUUUUGACCGAGUUCGUGCCACUGAGUCGGUCUCCGCCGAGUUACUCACUUCACAAGAAGAUGUUAAGUCUGCAGACAGGAUCUCAGAUGCUGCUCUUGAAUCUGCGGUUCUGCAGUCUAUCCCUUGCAUCCGUUCUGGUAGUUUUGCUGACAUUGGGCCACGGAGAUACAUGGAAGAUGAACAUAUAAGGAUAGAUGAUUUGUCGUCUCAUCUGGGAUCACUAUACAACUUUCCCCAACCAAGUGCCUUUUAUGGGGUGUUUGAUGGUCAUGGAGGACCUGAAGCUGCAGCUUAUAUAAGGAAAAACGUGACAAAGUUCUUCUUUGAGGAUGUCAAUUUCCCACGGACAUCAGAAGUUGAUAACGUAUUUUUGGAAGAGGUAGAGGAUUCCCUCAGAAAGACAUUUCUUUUGGCUGAUUCAGCUUUGGCCGAUGAUUGCAGUGUGAAUAGUUCAUCAGGCACCACGGCCCUUACUGCUUUGAUAUUUGGAAAGCUUCUAAUGGUGGCCAAUGCUGGCGACUGCAGAGCAGUUCUCUGUCGCAAAGGAGAGGCCAUUGACAUGUCUCAAGAUCACAGGCCUAUUUAUCCAUCAGAGAGGAGGCGAGUUGAAGAAUUGGGUGGCUACAUAGAAGAUGGUUAUCUCAAUGGGGUUUUAUCAGUUACUCGAGCACUGGGGGACUGGGACAUGAAGUUACCUAAGGGUGCUCCCUCACCUUUGAUUGCAGAGCCGGAGUUCCGGCAAGUGGCUCUAACAGAUGAUGAUGAAUUCCUCAUCAUAGGAUGCGACGGCAUCUGGGAUGUGAUGUCAAGUCAGCAUGCUGUUAGCCUUGUUCGCAAAGGCCUGAGGCGGCAUGAUGACCCAGAGAAAUGUGCCAGGGACCUGGUUAUGGAAGCAUUACGCCUGAACACAUUCGACAAUCUCACGGUGAUCAUUGUAUGUUUCUCUUCCCUUGACCACGUGGAGCCAGAGCCAUCCCCUCCUCGCCAACGGAAGUUGAGAUGCUGUAGCCUCUCUGCAGAGGCUCUUUGUAGCUUGAGGAGCUUGUUGGAAGGCAGUGCUAGCAACUGAAUGUAUGUACAAACACGGUUCAUCAAAUAAUGUGUUGUUGAGAUUAUACCACUGUUUUUGGCUGCUUCAGUUUAGACAUUGGAAAAAGCAGCCAUCAUUUUUUUACGUGGUCGGUUGAUGUACAUAUCCCGGGCUGGAGGAUGGUGGUGUAAAUAUGUAUUGUCGUUACAUUAUUAUUUUGUACUAAGGUCAAUUUUUGCUAUGAUUGCCACAUUCAUGUCAAGAUUCUUGUGUGUCAAUAAAUGGAAUCUCUUAGUUUCUAUUCCA